AUGGCACCAGGGGGAUUAAUUGAAGAGGCAGUGGGAACUGCCAAUCAAGCAGUGGCAUGCGUCGUGCGCGCAAUUAGCGACAUGAGUCUGAGAGUGGCGCCUCAAAAGACAGAGGCGCUAUUCAUACAUGAUGGUACACAUGGAGUGCCACCGAGGGCUCAUGUCGCUGUGAACGACGUUCCCGUCCCCGUCGGCAAAACCCUCAAAUAUCUGGGGCUCACGCUGGACGGGUCUUGGAAUUUUACCGAACACUUUGACCGUCUGGUCAACAAGAUGGACGGGGUAGUAGGGGCACUAUGUCGACUGCUACCAAAUUUGGGAAGACCAGACGGUCGGGUCCGCCGACUGUACAUGGGCAUCGUAAACUCGAUUACCCUGUACGGGGUACCGAUGUGGGCGGAUGUGGCGAUGGCCUCCAAACUAAUCUGUGGCAAGUUUAGACGCGUCCAGAGAAGGAUGGCCAUUCGCUGCAUCCGUGGGUACAGAACAGUGUCCCACGCGGCGGCGAUAACCCUCCACAUGAUGGAGAGCUCUACACAGGUGAUCACAGAUCACGGCUGUUUGCAGAAGUACCUGCGUAGAAUAGGAAGGGCGCGCACGGCGCAGUGUUUCCAUUGCCAGGAUGAUGAGGACACGGCGCAGUACACCCUCGAACCUUGUGCAGCAUUCCUCAAAAACAAAAUCAGGGAAGACUUGUCGCUCCCCAGCGUCAUGAAAAAGAUGCUGGAGAGCGAAGAGGGGUGGAACUCCGUCAUUUCCUUCUACAACAAGGUUAUGAGCCUGAAGGAGGUGGCGAAGAGAGAGUGA